GGCCGGAAAGCGGAAGGGUUCGCGUCAAAACAUUGACUGAAAAUAUAUGUCCAUUGUUAUUGUUUCACCUUUUUACUCUUGCCAGGUAUGCCAUUGCCCUAUUCAUGAUAAAUUACGAGAACAUACUUAGAAGUAGAAUGAGCUGUCAUUGUAAUCCAGGAAACUAGGAAUUUAACGAGUAAAUAUGAUGGUCGAACUGAAGCUUAUGCAAUAGCUGUAAAAUAUUAAGCCUUUGAUCACUUGCUAAAGCCUUUAUUCACUUGUUAAAAACGUAGCUUGAAAUUUUAAAACCAGUUAGGGGAGUCAUUAAUGCACGUAGAAAGUAGUUAAAAAUGACUGAUUCAGUCUACUUUGCCUUUUUUAGCCGUGUUGCGCUGUUAUAAUAUGUUUAUUUCGAUUGAUCCAAGUCCAGAAUUUGUUGUUGAUUACGUAAUUCCUACAGGAAAGAAAGGAAGCAUAUUUAGCUUAAGCUAUUUUUCGAUUAUCUAACGAGGCCCGAAUAAAGUUGAAGUCUUAAAUGCUUGAAUAAAUACCCCUUAAGCAGUUUUUAUUGCACUAGGAGAAUUGGCAGAAGGGUUAUAUAAUUCUGGUAUUGGUCAUCAGUUUGCAACUGCCAGGAAAAAAUGGGGUAAGAUUUCCAUUCCGCCAUUUCUUGUGCAUGUAGCAAGCUCAUACAUACUAUUGAUCAGGCCCCGGUUGUUCAAACUUUGGAUAGCGCUUCCCACCGGUUAUAUUGUCAAUUUGCUAUCCAGUGGUUAAGUAUUAAGGAAUCCAUUUUGCGUUGUUCAGUGGAUAGCACUAUCUACCUUUUAAACAAUUGGGGUCUGCAGGUUUGUACAAUACCCAACUCAAUAAGAACCAAGUUAUUGAAAGGCUGUAGUCUGCUCAGAGGGGUAGUCAGGUUUCAACUUAUCAAUUUCUCCGAGCAGCGUUUAACCAUUAACCAUUGUGGUAAUUUCCCUAUUUCAGGUGAGAGAAAAUGAACAAAGCAUUGACUAUAGGAUGCUACAAGACAGGAGUUCAUCCAUUGCUUGCAUCGACGAGAACACAAGUGUUAAAAGCUGUCUGUCUUGUUGCUCCUGUUCCCCCUUUUCCACUGUUCAAAACUGCAAGGAGUGUUUACAGUGCCAUGGCAUGUUCAGGAGAAAAACGUUGUAUAUACCAUCAGAUAAAAGCUGUGCCACAAAAAUACUCUCGGAUCUCCUCUAUUCUUGCUUUUGAGGAUGAUACAUGUAAUCCAACUGAUGCAGAAAUCAAGCUUAACAGAAAAAUUAUGUUGACAAUGACAGUUGAAGGUCAACUUCAAUUGUGUAAGAGUGUCAAGAAGUCUGUUAAUAAUGUAAACAGAGUUGCCUUCCUUUUCAACAUUGCCAAAAUCAUUGGAAAAGAUAGAUCUCAACAACAAAUCCUUGAACGUGAAAAAGAGCUUGCCAAGCAUGGUAAAAGCAGUACGUAUAUUGAUUUGCUGGAUGACAUUGCCAAUGUGAUGAGGAAGUGUGAGUCCAGGCAUUUAGCUAACGUGAUGUGGGCAUUGGGGAAAAUAGAAGAGAGAGAUCACCGACUGCAUCUUGUGUGCAAACAAGAGAUUUUGCAGCAAAAUAUGUCAAGCUUCAACUAUGCAGAGAUCUGCCAAAUUGUAAAUGGCUGUGCAAACCUGCAAGUCAAAGCACCAGAGAUAUUUUCAAGGUUCCAAGAUGUCAUUUUAGCUGGAAACCUUAGUAACAAUCACCUUGAGGAUCAGAGCAUUUCUGGUAUAUUGUUAUCGUAUGCCAAGACAAACAGUGGUGACAAAGAAUUUUUUCAUCAUUUUCUCAAAGAAGUUGUUUCAAGGAACUUAAUGGUCAGCAAUCGUGUUAUUGCUGAUAUUGUGUGGUCUUUUGCAAAGAAAGGAAUUUUUGACGACGACUUGUUCAACUUGGUCCAAGGUGAAAUAAUACGAAGAGGUGCACUUGACUUCAAUAAUGCUGACAUUGUAAAGAUUCUUUGGGCAUUCUCCAGGGCAGGCAAAGGAACUAAGCAGCUUUACUAUUUAUUCGACAGUGCACUUGUUUCAAGAGGUUUGAAAACAUUCCUAAGUGGAGAACUUAUAGAAACUGUAUGGUCAUUUGCAAAGGCGAAGAUGAAGAAUGCUAAAGUUUUUGACCUGUCUGAGAAGGAGAUUUUAAGUCGUGGCAUGGAUCAAUUAAGGACUCAUGAACUUGUUUUAUUUCUGUACUCCUUCACAUUUGCCCAAAGGGAAGAUGUAAAUGUCAGCUUCAUAGAGAAGAUUGAAGAAGAGCUUUGUUUGAGAAAUGCAAGUGAAUUUGAUAUCGGUGCGUUGUGUCAAGUGACCUGGAGUCUUGCAAAAGCAGGCAUAUCAGAAAGCAAGUUGUUUGGUUUAGCAGAACAACAAGUGCUUAAAUAUGAUGUACAGAAGAUGUCAAAUUCAGAAAAGUUAAUGGUUAUGCGAGGAUUUCUUAAUGCACAAAAGACAAGCAAGGAGCUCUUUCAGUUUCUCUGCUCCUCCAUCUCAACAUCUAAUCUUUCAAACCUUACUGAAGCACAGAUUUGUGAGUUUGUUUGGUGUUUUUCUUUAGCCAAUGUCGAAGUGGAUAACCUAUUCAACUUUCUUGAGAAAGAGAUCUUGGACAGACGGAAGUACCAUUUUAGCAGGAAGCAACUUAAUUUUUUAAAGAAAGGCUUUCUUAGAGUUGGAAAGGGAUCCAAAGAACUCUACAAAGUCUUGUCACCAUAUUAAAUAUAUGUUGUUUUAUUUGCUGGAACAGGCCUAGCGGAGAGGGCUACAUUACCAAGUUCAGCAUAAGCUAAUUUCAAUAAAUUAUCCUUGCAUACGGGUAUGUACACUGACAGAGAAAGGAAAACAGUCAUCCAUCUUUGGGUUUUUAAAGAUAGUUUUCAGAUCUCUGUGUCAUCAACUUUUUGCCAUUCUGGGCCCUAGCUGCACCCUCUCCUGAAUUGAGAAAACAUGUGGUCUUUUUCUCUUGCACUGACUUUCCCUCAGAGACUAAAACCCCAUCCACACCAAAUCUGACUUAAACAUGUUUAAAAGCUGUUUAGUUUAACCUGGUUUAAAUUUGUUUUCUUUAUAAAAACUGCUUAUUGUACUUUUAUUGAUUGCAAAUUUAGUACAAUUACAUAACGUGUUAAAGUUAAUUUGGAUUCCGUGUAAAAGCCUGUGUUCUAGGUUUUCAUAGCUGCUUUUCAUUUUCUUAAAACUUAGUUAAAUUA